AUGGUUGGGAAGAGGCUAAUUGUCCUGGUUCUCGUUUUGUUCUUAACGUUGGCGGCUGCAAUAUAUGCAGAGAGUAGUAGGGAGUCAAAGAAUAUUAAUGACGGUGAUGUGGAAGUGGGAGCGAGUGUGAAGAAGAAUUUACCAGAAUGGUUUGUUGGUGGUGGUAGCUCUGCUGCUGCUAGUUGGAGUGGGAAUGGGGGUCUAGGCGGUGGUGGUAUUUCGAAGGGCUACAGCCUCGGCCACUCCUUCAAUUUCGGGGAUUCGGGUGGCGGAAUAGGAGGUGGCGUUGGCGAGGGUGGAGGUAUUGGAGGUGGGAUUGGUAAAGGUGGUGGUACUGGAGGUGGUUCGGGUGGCGGAAUAGGAGGUGGGACUGCUAAAGGUGGUGGAAUUGGAGGUGGUUCGAGUGGCGGGAUAGGAGGAGGCAUUGGUAAGGGUGGAGGCAUUGGAGGUGCUUCGAGUGGCGAAAUAGGAGGUGGCAUUGGCAAGGGUGGAGGCGGUUCUGGUGGGGGCAUUGGAGGUGGUUCAGGUGGGAAUAGGAGGUGGCAUUGGAAGGGUUGGGGGCUGGGAGGUGGGAUUGGUAAAGGUAGUGGUUACUGGAGGUGGUUCGGGUGGCGGAGUAGGAGGUGGCAUUGCAAGGGUGGACGCAUUGGAGGUGGUUCUGGGGGGGAUUGGCGUGUUCGGGGUGGCGAAAUAGGGGAGGUGGUUCGGUGGCGGAGUAAGAGGUGGGAUUGGUAA